AUGGAACAAGCCGCACAGCAAGCUGGACAACAACAAAACCGGCAGCAGCCCAUCUACGACAUUCGAAAUGGUGGCCACUAUGGCGCCAGCGCGGCUCUUUCGGCACAAGGAUUUGCACCUGUUGCAGAACUGUACACUGGUACAUGGUCAAAUGUCAACCAAGGCCUCCAAGGAAACUCGCGCGACAUCUUGACCACGUACUGGCAACACAUCAUCAACCACCUGGAAACGGAUAACCAUGAUUAUAAGAUACACCAGCUACCUUUGGCGCGUAUAAAGAAGGUUAUGAAAGCAGACCCCGAGGUGAAGAUGAUUUCAGCCGAGGCCCCCAUUCUCUUUGCCAAAGGCUGCGACAUAUUCAUCACAGAGCUUACAAUGCGCGCAUGGAUACACGCCGAGGACAAUAAGCGCAGAACCCUCCAGCGCUCCGAUAUCGCAGCCGCCCUUGCCAAGUCAGACAUGUUCGACUUCCUCAUAGACAUCGUGCCUCGAGAGGAAGCCACGUCGCAUGCGAAGAGAACAAGCCAAGCUGCAGGUGCUGCCACGGCUGCUGCAGGCGCCGCUGGACAACUUCCUCCUACACAAGGCGGCGUUCAGCAUCCUGCCCAUCACAUGGGAGCUCCCGAAUAUGCCCUGGGACAGCACGCAAUUCCCCAGGAUCAGGAUUACAGAAACCAGCCAGGCAUGUACCCUGGUACCGUGCAAUCGGACCCUGCAGCAUAUGGGCAACCACAGCCUCAGAUGUUUGAUGGCAUGUACACGGCAUAUCCGCAUCUACCUGCUCAACAGUAA